CUGACAGGAGCCAUCAUGGGGAGAGCUCUGAUACAAACCACCCUCUUUGCUCUGUUUCUGACUUUGGUCACCUCUUUACCAAAUAAAGAUGACUGGGACAUCUACAGCUUUCACAUCAACUCCACAGUGACCAGUCGUUACGCUACAACAGUCAUCACAAGCCGCGUGGCCAAUCGAAUGAACGAAUCCAAGGAAGUAGAAUUCCAAGUGCGGAUUCCCAAGAAUGCCUUCAUCAGUAAAUUCAGAAUGUUUAUGGACGGCCAGGUGUACGAUGGUGUUGUGAAAACCAAGGAACAGGCUCAGCAGCAGUACACUGCAGCUGUAUCCCGUGGGCAAAGCGCUGGGCUCGUCAGCUCUGUAGGGAGGACCCUGGAGGAAUUUAAGACGUCAGUGACUGUGGCCGCCCACAAAAAGGUGACCUUUGAACUCACGUAUGAGGAACUGCUGAAACGCAGGCACGGCAAGUACGAACUGCAAAUCCAUGCUCGGCCGAUGCAGCCUGUCAGCGACUUCAAGGUUGAUGUGUACAUUGAUGAAAAGGCUGGCAUCAGUUUCCUGGAGGUUAAAGGUGGACUAAGCACCAAAGCUCUGGCUAAUGCCAUCACCAAAACACUGACAGACAAACAGGCGUGGGUGUACUUCUACCCAACUGAAAGCCAACAGAAGACAUGUGACAGCUGUGGAGAGCAGGGUAUGAAUGGAGAUCUGGUUAUUGUUUAUGAUGUCAACAGGGACAUUUCAGUUGGUGACAUUAAGGCAUCAGGUGGAUACUUUGUCCACCACUUUGCUCCGUCCAGUCUUCCACGGAUACCAAAGAAUGUUGUCUUUAUUAUUGAUCAAAGUGGCUCCAUGCACGGCAGAAAAAUACAACAGACCAGGACAGCAUUAAUCCAUAUUUUGAACGAUUUGAAUGAAGAUGACUUUUUCAGUCUCAUCACUUUUGAUGGUAACAUUUUUCACUGGAAGAGAGAACUUGUUCAGGCCACCAAGACAAACGUGAACAGUGCCAAGACUUUUGCACAAAAUAUUAAAGACAAUGGAUCCACUGACAUUAAUGCAGCAGUGCUGGAAGGAGCUCGUAUUCUGAAGGCACAUCCCAGAGAAGGUUCAGCAUCGAUCCUUAUACUUCUGACUGAUGGAGACCCAAACUCAGGGGAGACAAACCUCGAAACAAUACAGUCCAAUGUCCGAAAGGCCAUUGCAGGAAAAUUUCCUCUCUACUGUCUUGGUUUUGGUUUUGACGUCAAUUUUGAAUUCCUUGAGAAGAUGUCACUGCAGAACAACGGUGUAGCACGACGGAUCUAUGAGGACUCUGAUGCUGACUUACAGCUGAAGGGUUUCUAUGAAGAGGUGGCCACUCCUCUGUUGACCAAUGUAACCAUGAUGUACACAGGAGGCACCAAUCUGACCCAGACUCACUUCACACAGUAUUAUAAUGGCUCUGAGAUUGUGGUGGCUGGUCAGAUCACUGACAAUGACAUUGAGACCUUCACUCCAGAAGUUAUAGCCAUUUCAGGAACAGGCAGUGUGAGGUUUUCUGACACUAAUCCCACUGUGGAAUCGACUGACACAGUGUCUGACAGACGCCUUCAGAGGGUUUGGGCCUACCUCACAGUCAAACAACUCCUGGACAAGGUGUGAGUGUGGUGUUGGCCA